UUGUUCAGCUAGCAUUGAGUUGCACAAACUCAUCAGCCAGUAGGAGACCUCGAAUGGCUGAACUAGUAAUCCAACUUGAAGAGAUUAUUGAAAUGAGGCCCUUCAAACACAUUAUGGAGGACAUGAACAGCGAAGAUAUGGAAAAUGAAGAAGUGGAAGAAGCAUUCGUAACCUCAAUUUCUCAAGCUGAUCGCCCCUUAUGCAUGGAUCAACUGUCAGCCAACUUGUUCACAUCAUGGACAGAAAAUACCCCUGGUAGAAGGUUUUGGCGAUGCAAAAAUUGGAAAAUGGCCGGUGAUUGUGGUUAUUUGACAUGGCAUGACCCAGUGCAGGAAGGUGUCACGAUAAAUAUGAUGACCUAGGUGAGGAGAUAAAUAUGAUGGUUGAAGAGAGUGCAACUCUUUUGAGCAGGUUGAAAGUUUUGGAAGAAAAAAUUGUUGAAUGUAAAAGGAUUAAACAGGCACUAGAAAUGAAGUUGGAGAGUAUGGAGAGCAUGGACAUAUUUUAUGAGCAUAUAUAAGUUUCAUAAGUAAGAUGUUCUUAGGAUUCUCUCUUAGACAUCCAAGGGAGUUGUUUGCUGAUGCUCCU